AACUGCGUGUCUGUGAAGCCGGCACAAAGGAGAAGUGGGAACUCUGAGUGCUGUGCUGUGCUGUGCUGAGCGCCUGGGGCUGUCAGGAAGGAGCGAGGCAGCCCAAAAACAAGUGGCUGCUGACUGACUUAAGCAGAGUGCGUGGAGGAUAGAAGACAAGAAGAAGCAAGGAGGGAGGAGGAGGGGACAGGAAACCAAGUCUGUGGACAACACUAGAGACAUUCACAUUGUCAUACACGCGGGACUCAGUAGCAGCAGCCUGACUGAGUGGAGUGGAGUGGAGCUCUCUUUGUGCCAUGUUUUCUGGUUCUGUUUAUGGAUUUAUUCACCAGACAAAACACCAGAUGGAUUUUGACAUGAAGCACAUUUAAGGAACUUCAAGAUCUUCACCAGAAUUGGGAUAUACCUGAAUUAAACUGAGGACAUUUUGGAAUAUCUGAAGGAAUCCCACGACUGGUUUCAAUGAGUGAGUAAAGAUCUCGUGGGUUGAAACUACAAGCUGAUUUUACAUUGAAAAAGACCAGGGGGAGGGGAGGUCGAUCCAGCCUGGGUACCCUUUCCACAGAGGGGAAGGGGGGUCUUUUCAAACAUGAGGUAACCCCCUGAUUACAAGGCAAGAAAGGGGAGGUGCGCCCUGCAACCAUGUGCGACGGACAGCUCCAAACAUGUCAACCAGACUCUUGCUAAUACCUGAACUGUCAAGAAAAGGACUUUGUUUAUGACUGUCUGAGUAUUUCGUACGAGUCAUUCACUCUUCCAGGAGUUGAUGUUUUCUUCUUAUUAAAUUACAUAACAAACUACCCAGGAUGUACAACGCAACUUUUGUGGACCCAACCACAAACCACCAACCCACGAACAGCACCAACGCUUCAUGCCCCAAAAAUGACGAGUUCAAGUACCCGUUGUACAGCACGGUUUUCAGUAUUGUUUUCGUGGUGGGGCUCAUUACGAACGUGGUGGCGAUGUAUAUUUUCACAUGCACUCUCAAACUGCGUAACGAAACCACUACGUACAUGAUGAACUUGGUAGUGUCUGAUUUUUUGUUUGUCUUCACGCUACCUCUACGUAUUUUCUAUUUCAUCAACCAACACUGGCCGUUCGGAAGCAUGCUCUGCAAAGUUUCCGUAUCUUUAUUUUAUACCAACAUGUACGGGAGCAUCCUCUUUCUCACCUGCAUCAGCGUAGAUAGAUUCCUCGCUAUCGUGCAUCCAUUUCGCUCAAGGACUUUGCGGACGAAGCGCAAUGCCAAAAUCGUAUGUGCGGCAGUUUGGGUGCUAGUGUUAUCCGGGAGUCUUCCUACGGGAUUCUUGCUGAACAGUACGUCAGUAUCUCUUCAGAACAAGACAAACUGCUUCGAGAACUUUUCAUCCAAGCAGUGGAAAUCCCAUCUCUCCAAGGUGGUCAUUUUCAUCGAAACGGUCGGCUUUAUCAUUCCACUCCUUCUCAACGUCGUCUGUUCCGUCAUGGUUCUCCAAACUUUACGCAGACCGCAAACUGUAAGUCGUGGCGGGAAGCUCAACAAAACCAAGAUUCUGCGUAUGAUUAUUGUGCACCUGUCAAUUUUUUGCUUUUGCUUCAUACCUUACAACGUCAACUUAAUCUUCUACUCACUAGUCCGUACCAAAACUUUAAAGGGAUGUUUUGCGGAGUCGGUAGUACGGACGAUCUACCCCAUAGCCCUUUGUAUAGCCGUGUCCAACUGCUGCUUCGACCCCAUCGUGUAUUACUUCACUUCAGAAACCAUCCAGAACUCCAUCAAGAGAAAAAAUACAGUCACCCGCUCUGACGUCAAGUUCUCCGAGGCUCUGCAGUCGGAAACCAGCUCCAACCUGCAGUGCAGCCUGAGGAAUCUCAAAGCCAAAGUCUUCCACAACGAGUCUUCAGUAUGACAGGUAGCCCAAGGAUAUCACCACAACAGGUUUUUGAGUCCAUAUCUCCUUUGACGGACAGCCACGCCCCCGUAAGCUGCUUUCCAGGAUCUUUGCAGGGUUUGGUCCCACUAUUGUAACACAACUUUUUUUGUUCAACCACCAUCAGUGUUGUCGUGUCCAACUAUUUUGAACAAUGGAGUCGGUCACCCUAGUUUUGUCUUACAUGCUGUUAAAAGUUACAGAUAUUUCGAAGCUGAAUUGUCAUUACAGUCGAUGAAACACAAUGGAUGGUUUCAAAAUGUAGUAUUCAUAAUCUUAUUUGCAUUAACUCAAGCAGUUUUGGUUUUCUUCUUCACAUUUUUAUAACAUCAGUAUUAUUUUCCAGAGGUGACAUGCUGCACUCGCUAAAACUGCUCUUAAAUUCUCAGUUUUUUGUUGUCAAAUGAUAAAAAAAUUCAAUUAAGAAACAGAAUUUGUAGUGGUAUUUUUAACAAGGCCUCUGCUGUGCGAAAUGACAUGGUGUAGUUGCAUAAGCCUUUUGGGAAACACAAUGGAACAAUCUGCUGUAUUUACUUGCCCUUUGAAAUCAGCAGGGAGCCUCUUUGUCAUGAACACUGUUUUUGAGUAAACGCUCGCUAAAUGAUGGUCUUUUACCAUUUAACUGUCUCAGCUGCAUUUUUGUGGUCCUUGGAGAUUUACGUGUUUCCUAUCUGGAGGUUGUUUUUUCCACUUUUUAUGACCUUGUGCUACCAACUUGAAAUUUGAACACUGGUGAACUUCAAUAAAUUCAGUAAAAUGGAAUCAAACAGAACUAAAUUUAAGCACAAAUUUCAAUUAAAGGCUAAAAUAUAGUCCACCAGAACCUAAUAUAAGAACUCGGAGAAUAAAUGAUUAGAACACAGCACUGGUCUUGAACAUAACCUGAUUCGCAGUCAAAAAUAAAAGUCAAUUAGCCCAAAAUACUGAAAUUAAUUAACUACACGGUUGCAAUGUUGGCAAAAUAACACAAAAAACUCUCAAAAUCAGAAUUCUAUAUAGUCAGCUACAAACGAUGCUUUCAAGUACCAUCUGUACACUUCAGUUUCAUUGUUUAAGCAGUGGAAAUAAAUCCAUUCUGCGCAUUAUAAGUACCGUUUUUUUACCGGUGAUUCCAGUUCACCCCCACAUUUCAAGUUCAUUCACAGUUAUGCAGUAAUUACCAAAACACGCAAAUCUAAUUCUGCGUUAACUCUGCCUUCGUAAGCACCUGUCAGUAUUAUUGUAUUAGCCCUUUCUCGGGACAAAUGUUGGAAACUGCCAUUGGCGCCAUCUGCUCUGAUUCAUUCACUUUGCCGUACUGCUAAUGACUACUUAAUGGGUAUUUUCUGUUUCCUGGGGAGUAUUAUACAAUUGUGUUUGUCUCAAUUAGUGGGCCAUCGACCUGGAAGGGAAUUUAAUAGCCACUGAACCCAGGAACGGUCAUGAUACUGAGGCUGCAAGCGCUCGCUCGUCUGGACAAUGCUGUUGUGGUGCUAACUUCAGACUAGAAUUUUAAUUUAAUGAUGUAAGUUUUAUUGACGUUGUACAGUGUUUUUGUUUUAUUGCUGUUGUUAUAAUUGUAAAUAAGUAAAAGAUGUCUGUUAUAGUGGCGUUUCUCUGUGGAUUUUUGUGGUCAUUUAAUGCACUGACACUGAACUUCAGAUACUGCACUCGAGCCACGAUAAUGAAUAAAGUCAUGUAUUGUGUUAAAUUAA